GAUAAACAAUUUCCUAUCUAUAUCAUACAACUGCUUCACUUGUAACAAAAAACAACUCUCCUGUACAUACACACACAAAUCUCUCUCUCUCUCUCUCUCUCUCUUUCUUAUUGCUUCAGAAGCCAUCUCUGCUCUGCUUCAGUUCAUGGAAGAUCAGAAGCAAAAAUAUGAGCCAUGGCUAUCGGUGCCACAGUUUGGUGACUGGGAUUCCAAGGAACAAGUACCGGACUACUCCCUAGAUUUCUCCAAGAUUCGAGAAAUGAGGAAGCAAAAUAAGAGGGACGUUUCGAGAGCCAGUCUUGGAAAUGAAGAAGAGCUCAUCUCUCCCUCCACAAGUAGCACCAAGCCGAGCAAAGUGGAUCCUGUUCAUGAUUGGAGUCAGGACCACUCUGCAACUAUAGCGUUGAGUGACUCCGAGUCCAUUAUUUUUCAUCCAACAGAUGACAUAAAGAUAUGCUUGUGUAUUGGGAGUGACCCUGUCAGUUGGUUGGGCAGUUAUUGAUAUUUCUAAUUCUGCCCGCAACUUGGCUGAUAAAUCGAUGUCCUGAAAAGAAAUGCAAUAUGCUGUAUCGCUAUAUUUGGAAAUAUGUAGGGUUGCUCAUAACGAGGCUAUCCGCAGAAUGUAAUAAGAUGUUUACAUAUGCAUCAACCUGAAAAUCCACCUGAUAAUCCAUAUAUAUGCAAGCAUUCAUUGAACUA